AACCUUCAGGAGGCCAUUACACACGUGAAAGAGUUGGAAGGGUUUCUGGUGGUCCUGAAGCGCGACCGCCUCGCUCACCAUGAUUACAGCUAUAGGAUACGGCAUCUUUAACAUGUACCUUGGUUACGAUGAACGAAGGAUAAGGAUAGAUGAUUAUGGAUUUGAUAGCAGCAUAUACCAAUUUAGUAAUUUAUCCUAAAUUUUAUCCACCAAAAGAUAUGUCAAAGUAGGUACAUUAACAUAAAACGAAAUAUCUAUCCUAUGGCGAGAAUCAAGGCUACAGAGUUGAGUGGUCGCACUCUGGCUGGAAUAACCUCCGGCCACACACUAUACAUACGCAAAACAGACGUAAUUUUGUCUUUGAGUUGCGGAGACGCCCAUAGGAAGAAGAAUCAAUUUAUUUUGAUAGCAUUUAAAUUUUUUAAGGAUCUCAACGACAUCAUCUUACAUGCCAGUGACGUCAUGAUGCUGACGAACAUACUAACAAAUCUGUUUACCGGAUACGUUGACGGUUAUUCCUAUCGUCGUGUAAUACUGGAUCCCUUCAAGAUUUUCUCUAGAUAUUUAAAAUCUUGGCUGGCGCUGGAUAUACUUUCUGCAGCUUCUUUUUUGCCACACCUACUAAACAUUCAGAAUGUGACACACCAAAUUAUUCUAACUAGCUUGAAGAUCCUGAGAAUACCUCCGCUCUACCGAUAUUUAGAAAAUAUUAAUAGAGCCUACAGAAGCGGGGUAAGUAAAGGUUUUAUAGGUGUUUUUUCUUCAAGAUUUACACGCGAACAAAGUGAUUUAGCAGAAUUCUGCGAAUAUGGCUGAAUUAAAUCUCCAAUUAAGAGUCAUCAGCAGUGCCGAAUUAAGCUAGAGCGGGCCCGUAGCAAAAAACACAACACAACUAAUCUAUGACUUAAUUUUAAUUUGUCAGUUUAUGUUUAUACUUAAAAAUAUGACUUGACUAUAGAAGCGGCGCUUAUUUUAGUUAUUGCAUUAUUUAACACUAACUUGAAAAACAUUAUUAUAUCAAGCUUCUCCUUGCUGCGGAAGACUAAUUAAGCUGUUGGUCCCGGCUGCACUGCAGUCGCCAACACCCACCAUUCCGCUAAGGGCCCGCAUGGAUUUUCUAAGCUGAUGGUGAAGCGAAAAGUUUUACAAGAAAUGGCAAUUUCAAAAUUUCUUUAUGUUAAAUGAAAACUUCAAUUUGAUUGAAAUAAAAAAUUCAAUUGUAGCGUCGCCGUAACGUACGAUGUUUUAUUUAUUAAACGUAGUUUUUUAGGUUUUAUUGAAAACAUGCCAGGAAAUUCUAAUCUCUCUCUACGUAUAUCUAAUGUGGAGUGUUUUUUUCCAAUUCUCCAUUGAGUACGUCGCGGAGAAGUCUUUCCACCCAAAACAUCCUCGGAAUUGCUCAUGGAUAUACAAGGCACAACUAUGGAACGCCUCUACGACCGCCCGUUUUAUCUAUUCCUUUCAUAUGGCAGUUGGAUUAUUACGAAAACAUACAAACACAAGAUUUUUCCAACACGGGUGCUACUUGGAAAUAUUCAUAAUGAUAUCUUGGAUAUUUGGCAAGGAAGAGCGCAUUUUACCGUGCGUGUCAGGCCAACUGCGUGAAGACAUAAUAAUGCACACUGGCCGUCAGCUGCUCCGAGAGCUGACCUUUAUGAAACACCUUCCGAAGAAACUUCUAUUGCAGAUAAGCUUUCAACUCAAGCUGGUAAUAUUUACCGCGGGCGAUAUCAUUUACAAAAUAAAAGAUUUAGGUGAGUGCGUCUACUUCAUAGACAAAGGCACCGUAGCCGUUUAUUCAGAAUCUGGAAGAGAGAUCUGUCAUCUAGAAGACGGUGAUUUCUUCGGAGAAAUAGCGUUGGUUUUAAGAUAUAAAUUUCGUACAACGUCUGUGGUGGCAGUAAGCAACUGUGAAGUAUUUAUGUUAGACAAAGACGACUUCAAUAAGACGAUCGCAUGCUACCCGACUGUAUAUGAACAUAUUAAAGAGGUCGCUACAUGGAGACAUGAGAGGACAUGUGUCCUCGAUGAACGCCAUAAGAAUGAGAUGAGCCAUUCGAAUGAUAAUGAUAAUAGCGAUUAAUCCUGUAGAUAUAAGCAUACAGCACGCCAGGGGCCAAUUUCGUAAUAUAUCGCAAUUCCUUUCAAAGCUAAUAAUAGAUUUCGGAACGAAUAUUGAUUUGAAUAAUAAAAAAAACGUCGCAAUCGCUAUCGCAUGUCAAAUAGCUUCAACUAUUUGACAUGCAUUCAACUAUUUCAGUGACAUAUUGAAAUGUAUUGAGUUAUUUUCGGUCUAUGAUCGAAGUAAUUUAUGUAACUUUUAGCAUAAGUGUAUGGUAAUCUUGUUUGUGGCUCAU